AUGGAAAAUCAAUCAAGAGUUGGUGAAUUCCUUCUGCACGGAUUCCCUGACACUGAGGAGCUAAGAAUAGUUCAUACCAUCACUUUUUUAGUAAUUUAUUUGGUGGCACUCACUGAGAAUCUCAUUAUUAUUACUGUCAUUCUUUGCAGCCAUCAACUUCACUCACCUAUGUAUUUUUUUCUAGCCAACCUAUCUUUCCAAGAUCUUGGCUCCAUCUCUGUCACAAUUCCUAAAUCACUACUAAAUUCUUUGAUGAACACUGAAACUAUUUCUUACUCUGGCUGUCUAUGUCAAGUUUUCUUCUUUGUUUUUUUUGUAAUGUCUCAUUUCUUCCUCCUUGGUGUCAUGGCAUAUGAUCGUUAUGUAGCCAUCUGCAAUCCACUGCAUUAUGAGACUAUACUGAGCAAAACUGUCUGUAUCCAAAUGGCAACCAGUGUCUGGAUGGGUGGACUGACUUAUUCUAUGCUCCAUACAGGAAAUUUGUUUACGGUGAAGUUCUGUUCAAGAAUCAUCAAUCAGUUUUUCUGUGAAAUCCCUCAACUGCUCAAGAUCUCUUGCUCUGACUCUUAUGUUGCAGAAGAGUGGGCACUCACCUUGGGUUCUUGUUUAGCAUUCAUUCUUUUUGUUCUAAUUGUGUUUUCAUAUGUGAGGAUUUUUAAAACAGUUUUGCAAAUCCCAUCUACCCAAGGGAAGGAGAAGGCCUUCUCUACUUGCUUACCUCAUCUCCUAGUUAUUUGUCUGUUUCUGAUAAGUGGUAAUUUUGCAUACCUGAAACCCACAUCCAGCUUCCCAUCAACAUCAGACCUCCUGAUUUCUAUGUUUUACUGUGUGGUGCCACCAAUCUUGAAUCCGCUGAUCUAUAGCAUGAGAAACAAGGAACUUAAAAUGGCAUUCUGGAAGCUGUUCUUCAAGUUUUUUUUCCAAUACCUGACCUGA